AUGGAGAAUGAAUAUGAUGCAUUAGCUAAUACAGUACAAAAGACAUUAGAUAAUUUACAAAAUAAGAAAGACUUUUUAAUUGAACAACAACAUCAUUAUACAAUAAUUAAAGAACGAUUAUUAAAAUUUAAAGAAAAUAAUCAUGAUUCAAAUGUGGUUGAAGAGAAAGGUGAUAUCUUUGGAGAUAUUAUUAUUUCACAAAAUAAGAUUUUUUUAAGUAUUGGUUAUGAAUAUUAUAUUGAAAAGACAGUUGAUCAAACUAUUGAAUUUGUUAAUGAUAAAUUAGAACUAAUGAUUGAAGCUAUUGAACAAUUUGAUUUAAAGAUUAAAGAAGCCAACAAUACUUUAAAAAAUUUACAAAUGUUAACUAAUCAAAAAACUCCAAAAAUUAAAAUGAAAAAAAUUGAUAAUGAAACUGAUACUAAUGAUAAUGAGAGUGAUUUACCAACUAUGGAGAUUAGAGAAGAAUUAGAUGAAGAAGGUAAUGUGUUGAAUGGAUCUGUUGUGCCUGCCGCUACAGAGUCUGAAAGACAAAAAAUUGAAGAUUUAAUUAAUAAUAAUUUAGUACCAAAAGUUGAAGAAUUAAAAAUUGAACAAAAUGGUGAAAAACAAGAAGAAGAAGAAGAAGAAGAUAAAACGGUUGUGAAUGGUACUAAUGAAGUUGAUACAGCUGAUAUAUAUAGUUUUGCAGAUCUAGUAGAAAAAAUGGAUGAACAAGAUGAACAAAAUGAUGGAAUUAUUAAUCCAAAUGAAAUUAGUUAUGAUUAUGAAAAGUUUCAAUCUUUAAAUAAUGAAAAUGAUACAUAUACAGAUGAAGAAUAUGAAGACGAUGAUGAAGAUAAUUAUUUUAUGAUGCCUGGACAUUCAUCAUUUAUGGAUCAAAUUAAUAAAUUACGAAAUUCUAGAGCACAACCAGAAAAUGAAACGAUAAUUGAUGUUGUAGAGAAAUCACAUACAAUUAGUAAAAAUGAAAGUAAUAAAGGAAAUGAAAAAUCAAUUAUGAAGAAAAAUGAAGAAAGUUCAAAUAAGACCAAGAAAAAUAAAGUUAAGAAAUCUGUUGGUUUUGCUCCAUCAUUAGAUGUUCAUGAAGUUGAAAGUUUUAAAGCUGAAACUAAGAAGCAAACUUUUAAUUUCCCAAGAAAUUCUAGUGAUUUAUACUCUAGCGUUCAAGAUAUGAUGACUGAUGAUACAAAUAAUCCAAAUUUACAUGAAUUUGAUAAUGAUUUAUUUGCAUCAAUGAUCGGUGCUAAACAAUCGGAUGAAAUACAUGAUAAAUACAAAGAUUCAAUAACGUCUAAUGAAGAAGGAGUCGAAGCUCAAGCAUCACAGGAACAAUCUAAAAAAGUACGUGUUUCAAGGUUUAAAAAGGAUAGAGGUGUUGUAAACAAGAAACCAACAACUACAGUAGUUGAAGAAGUUAUUGAAAAAACAGAAAGUCAUAGAGCUGUUUCUGAUGUUAUUGUUGAACGAGAAAUAAUAGAAACUAUACCUGAUUCAAAACCAAAGAAGAGAGUUAGUAAAUUUGCACAACGGAAAGAAGCUCAAGCGAAAUCACAAUUAGAGAAGACUUCUCCCGUUAUUAAAAAACAAGAUGUUGUAUCAGAUAUAAUUGAAAACCCACAACAACAGCCUGAGGUAUCUCCUUCCACAUCUGUCACUAAUGCGAGCAUACAUUCAAAAAAGAUUGGAACCCCUUUCAAGAAAAACCUAAGUUCAUUGAAUAAACCGAGGCACUCCUUAAAUAAGAAAGCACAACUUCCACAGGAGUUACUUGAUUCUUCAUCUGAUUCUGAACAAGAACAAGAAGAGCAGGCCCCAAUUGAAAGGGAAAUCCCUCAGAAAAAAAUCGAAGAAAUUGACGACAGUGAUGACAAUGAUGAUGAUUUAAUUUUCCCGAAGGAAGUGAAAGAUGCUAUAGAAAAAGUGGGUAAGACAGAAGAUUCAUUGCGUGUUGCUAACGUUGAUUAUAGUGCUCUGGUAGAUAAUAUGGAUGACAUGAUACAAGCUUACACCUUAGGCGUAUAUGAUGAUGAUUUAGAGGAACAUCCAGGUACUGUGGUGGAAAAAGUUGAGGAUUUUAAUACAUAUAACAAAGAAGUUGAUGAAUUGAAAGAUGAUAUUAUUGAUUUUAAGAAAAAGAAUCCAAUGGUUCCAAUCAGUCUCGAUGAUAAGGAUGAUGAAGAUGUAGAAGAAGAUAAUGGGUUAAUAAUGACUGAUAUAGUAGAGAAGGAUAUACCAGCCAAUUACCGUGAUAUUGCCGAAGAAUAUGAAAACAACCUUGGAUUACAUCCAGACAAUAUAAGUGAAGCAGUAACCAAAGAAUACCAUACAUUAAGACAACGCAUGUUGCAACAGAUGAAGAACACGGUAUUAAAUAACAACGCUGAUAAUAGUGCUAAUAAUAACGAAUCUAACCACAUACAUUCAGAUGGUGAUAAACACGGAGAAGAUCCAGCUAUAGAGCCUUUAGAUGUAGAUGGUAACCCUAUCAGAAUCAGCAGGUUUAAAUCACAACGGAUGAAAUUAAAUCCAUAA